AACAUAUUAGUUCAGUUUCGUAUUCGGUUCGAGAAGGUUAGACGAUAAAUUUGAUUGGCUUAUAAUGAGUUUGUGUUAGGAAGAAAAAAAAAUUCAUUUGAUUAUUAUACUUAUUACGAACGAUUAGAGAAAAGAAUGGGUCGAAAAAUCGGUAGUUUAGUUGCAGUUAUGGUGUUCGGGGUUCUGGGUAUUACUAGUGGUCAAACUGUAGAUAGGAUAUGCGCUAGUACAAAAUUUAGCGAGCAGUGCCAGCAGCUACAGCGUGGUAAUUCGGAAGUUAUAUGUGUCACCGUACAGGACAGCAUCGAAUGCGCUCAGCGAAUCCGCAAUGGGACAGCCGAUAUCGGUAUUUUUAGCGCCGAAAGCAUGCUGCAGCUGGCAUCACUGGCCUGGGACGGACUCACGGUGGUGAAAGAGCUGAGACACAACGAUCGUCUCCGGGAAACCGUAGACUACCGGUCAGUGGUUGUUGUCCCGUCGAGUCACCAGGGAGGUCUGGAAGGAUUGAACGGCAAAAAAUUUUGUCAUCCUGGAUUACACUAUGGACGACAGCAGCGGUGGAGCGAACGUUUUCUGAAACAUUUCGAGCGGCUGGUAGUUCGGACGGACUGUGGAGAGCUUAAAAACGCCGCCGAGAUCGAAGCAGCAAGUCUUUCCAAAUUCUUUCAUACCGCUUGUCGACCAGGAAAGUGGUCGAAUGUGCCACAGGAGGAUGCAGAAUUGAAAUCAAAAUAUCCGAAUCUCUGUGAACUGUGUCAGAACGCCAACCAAUGCAGCUAUGAUACUACAACCACUUCCCAUCACCGGGCCGCAUUACAAUGCCUUCGGACCGGAGGUGAAGUUGCUUACGUAUCUCAGCAGGAUGCUGUCGAGUAUUUUGUGUACAACAAUGAUGUUGCCGACAACUAUGCCUUUUUGUGCCUGAACGGUACGUUGGAAGCGGCGAAAGGCAAUGCAAACCCCUGCUCGUGGCUCACGCAACCGUGGCCGGUGAUCAUGUCGUCCGCUGGUCGUGCAGUGUCGAUUUCCACCCGUAUUGAUAGUUGGUUGCGUAGGGAACUAGAAUCGGCAUGGAAACAAUCAAUUCAGGAGAUCAUUGAACACGAUAGUCGAACGGCGAUUUCGGUCGGAUCGAUUCAAGCUCCGGUUGAUUAUCUCCGUCCGUACCGGCAGGUCCCGAUCGUAUCUGAUCUUUGUCAAACUACUGCACGUUGGUGUACUACAUCUCUCGAGGAGAAAGAAAAGUGUGACGUUCUGCGGACGGCUGCAUUGACGACUGGUAUUUAUCCAAUGAUUGAGUGUAGUGAUCCAGUCACAAGCCGGAUGACAUGUCUGAAUGAGAUUGCUAGUCAACGAGCGGAUUUCACCGGUAUUGAUUCGAACUAUGGAUAUUUGGCCAGGCACCCAUUCAAUUUAACGGCAGCGAUGUUCCAGGAAACAGAGAAAGAAAAGUAUUCCUCUGUCGUAGUCGUCGUUCGUGACGACAGUCGUUUUACUCGAUUCGAGAACCUUCGUAGCGCCAAAGCAUGCGUUCCUGAGUUUGGCGGUAUCGCAUCCAUAGCAUUUAUCAACGUGGGAAAAACACGUGGCAUCUUCGACCGAAAUGAUUGCAAUUACGGGCGACUUCUAGGAGAUUUCUUCAGUGAUUCAUGUGCACCUGGAUCCCGUGAUAGUUUGCAUGAUCCACAGGGACUGAACCCUGAGUCGCUGUGUACGUUGUGUCGUGCCGCAGUCAAUCCAAAUGAUACAAUACCGGUUCCACGAAUCGGUGACGAUCAGGAAGAUUCCACCAUCAUAUCUAUUGAGUUAGAGGAACAACCCCCAGAGGUCGAAAGUAAGACUACUUUGAACGUGACUAUCAAUAGGAAUGUUAAUUGUAUCGCCGGUGAUACUAACCCGUUCUACGGUACUAAAGGAGCACUGAAUUGUUUGCGCCAGGAGGGUGAGGUGGCCAUCGUUGAAAUGCAAAAUCUAGUGCAGCAUGCGCUAGCUUUGGGAUUGAACCCGGACCAUUAUAGGAUACUUUGUCGCAAUGGAACGUUGGCAGCCUAUACAGGAUUUCAGGUGGACGAAGAGUGUGCUUUGACUACCAUCGUUGAUGGUGAGAUUGUCGUUCGGCGCCAGUCAUCGAAAACGGCCGGUGUUGUGAAUGCACUUAGUUCGCUUGAUGCCUAUCUGCAGAGUGAUCCGGAUUUUAAAAUGUACAAUAUCUACGGAGGCGUUAAGAAUUUGCUGUUCGAGGAUUCCGCACUAGGACUGGUAUCAACACAACACACCGAGCUGGGACAUGCAGUUCAAAACUAUAUUCGGCUGUUUGAAAACAUUGAAGAUUGUAGAAAUAGUGCAUCAAAUACGACCGUUGAUUCAGGAGACAGUGCUGCUAUGAUGACCCUCAACGUUUUCAUGACAUUUUUGUUCGUGAUGUACAACAUCAUCCGUAGAUAACUAUUACUGAUAAGUUUCUUUCGUGCUUCAUAUUAGUAAAUAAGUUUAUUUUGUGAUUUUCCUAACAAAAUGUUCAAUUGUAUUGUUUCAUAACAGAAAACAUCAGAAAAAAAAUCGAACGAACUUAUUCUAAGUGUAUAGUAAUUGAACCACAAUACUUAAACUGUUAUACAGAUCAUCUUCCUCACAUUGUUCCAGCAACGAUCGUUGCUUCAGCAAUGCACUCAGUCUUCUAGGAAUAGGAGUACUUUUAAUUGCGCUUUUACCUUUAUGAUUGUUGGCAAUCACCUUCCAUAUGGAAGAAAUCACAAUCAUCUGUUCCGUGGUUUCUGUUCCGUCUAGGACAACUUUCAGUGCGUGCAUGUAGUCGUUGGAGGCGAGCAGAGCAGCUCGAUUGCUCGUCACAAACGACAUAUUCCGCAUGAUUUCCAGUGAUAGGCGACGAAGCUCGGGCGUUGAUUUUCGAAUAAGGGCUCCCAGUACGGUGAGGUUUCUGAAGAAUAAAGGAAACUAGAAGAAUGGUCUAGCGUCAUUAA